UUUGUGAGUUACAUAUCAAACCAAAGGGUAAUGUUGUGUUGUCACUCACGGAGCAGUCAUAUGUUGUGUGUGUGUGUGUGUGUGUGUGUGUGCUACGUCACAUUGUCUCCGCUGUGGUUAGUUUCGCUUCGCUCAUGCUAAGUUAACUUUGUGUCAGCUGAGGAAACAAAGUGCGUAGUUCCGGCCUCUUAUUGAGUCCGUGCUGUCAGCCGUUGCACAUGGAAGUGUACAUUUGAUCACACGUGCGCUCAUCUGCACUGUUUUUCUUUUUGUUAUUAAAAAGUUAUCUGUAAUAUAUGGACGCCAGAGAAAAAGAGGUCAAACUUGAGAAUGAAAAUAUCUUCAAAGAUGGGGGCUGUUUCCAGCAGAUGUGAUGCUGGUCACCAGCACAGUGGGAGUGACCAAAACAAUGACCGCACGCCAAUAAUUGAGGGUGAUGAUGGGAGAAAGCAGAGCUCUAGUGGGGGACACGGCUCGGGAGAGACUGUUCCCUGUCCGACCUGCCAAGGCACCGGACGUAUACCGAGAGGUCAGGAGAGUAAGCUGGUCGCUGUUAUCCCCUGUAAUGACCAGAGGCUGAGGCCCAGACACACGAAGCUGUAUGUAGCUGUGUCUGUUGGCGUGUGCCUGGUAAUUAGCACUCUGGUGUUGUUCUUCCUAUUCCCUCGCUCCGUCCUCUUGUCUCCUGUCGCAGUGAAGUCGUCUUUUGUUUACUUCCCAGACAAGUACGUCCUCAUCGACAUUACGAAUGUGUUGAACAUCACUAACAACAACUAUGCACCAGUGCAGGCCUAUAACCUGUCAGUGCAGGCCCUCAACUUUGAGACGGUGGUGGGAACGGUGUCUAUUAAGAACGUCACCUCUGUCCGGCCUCGGUCCGUCACAACGUAUUCCUUCUUGAUCCGCGUCAACCUGACAGACCCUUAUCUGAAUAACUACUGCAAGAAAGUGUCUCUACCUGUCCACAUCCUGUAUCUGCACCUGCAGAUGUCUAUGACCAUUUACUACCUGGCUCACUAUGAGCAGCUCUCCCUGGAAACAUACGAGUACAUCGACUGUGGAGCCAACAGCACCACACCCCAUCCGAUGCAGGACGGACACACGUGAAGAACCACAGUGGACGUUUUUUUUGUUCAAAUCAUUAGUAGGAUAUGAUUAAUUCAUCUAGGAUUGAAGGAAUAUGGAAUAUGAGCUAAUGUUUCCAGUCCAGACUGAUGAGUAAACUGCUGCACAAACCCUGGUGUGGACUCUGUGGCCUGAGAGCACACAGACCCAAAUAAGUAUUUUGAUCAUUUUUUAAUUUUCUAACGUUAUUUUUAAAUAAUUAAAACAAGCUGUGUGUUUUUUCAGCUUCUUAAAUGUAAAUAUUUUCUGGUUUCUUUUAAAAAAGAAAUGAAUUGACAGAACAAGACAUUUGAGAACAUCAUCAUUUUCAUGUUUGGGAAACAACAACAACAACUAAUCAGUGAAUCGAUAAAAUUAAUCGAUUAUGAAAGUAAGUGUUAGUCACAGGCCCAUUAGCACAAAAUCAAUGAACUGUGUGAAUGAUUUGAGUUGGAUUUCUUUUACAGAUAUUAUUAUUUACAGAUGUGUAAUUAUUGAAAUGUCACGUGUGAGAGACAAAACAACACAGUUUGGAUGGUUGGAAACACUCUCUCUCUCUCUGGCGCUUCCUUUAAAACAUGCUCUGUGGCCUCAUUUAUAAAACUGCAGGUAUGAAAAGUUGGCGUACGUAGGAAACGUAGGAGGAUUUGCUUACGCAAUAAAAAUAGUGUACGCGCGUCACACACCAGUUUCCAUCUAUAAAUCCCAAGCAUCUCGUAAUGAGGGCUUCAGGUAACGCCCAUCAUGGACCACAGUCAUAAAAACGCCUCAGAUUAAUAUUCAUGAUUGGAAAAUCAUGGCAAACGCCAGAGAGAAGAUGAUGUGAAUGAUGAAGGUCGAUGUUGCUGCUGCACAACGCUCCUCUGCACUCUGUGGGUUUGUUGCUUGUCAGGUUAGUGAAUGUUAGGCCGUUGUAAGAGUGUUGUUUGUCACUUUGUAUUUGUACGUACAGUCAUCUCAGGUUAUAUAAAUCACAAUCAUUCUCUGAAGCUUCCGUGUGUCUGGUCCUCGAGAAGAGAGAUUACAUUUCUUUCUAUUCUCUCUUCAUGUGAUUGAAUCAGAUCGACUUCACUUGUGGAAAUGAAACAGUUUGUAUAUGACAGACUGGUCUGCACAGUUAUAAUUAUGAUAAUAAUGAUGAUGAUGAUGAUGAUGAGGCAUUAGUGAAUGAAUUCACUCUGAUUAAUGUCCAUCAUUUGGUUCAGAAGAAAAAGAGAAUUCCUCAUCCUACAUAAGCUUUUGUCAGGUAUUGAAAACAAAUAUCUCCUCUCAGAAGACUGACAGCAUCAGAUAAUCAGAGCUCAGACACAUUUGAAGUCACAUCAAGUAUAUUCAUUUACUCCAGUCACAAAUAUCACAUGUAGGUCUGCUGCUCUGUAGGAGGACAGUGCUGGUUCCUUCUUCACCACUGCUGGGUGUACUGCAAUGACUGCAAGACAAACACGAUGUAAUCAGCUGAAAAUACUUCAAAUAAAAAUCUUAACUGUG